AUGGCUCCCCCAACAGCCGGUGUGUCGAAGCGCAUGUCUCGCGUGUUCGUGAGCACCCGCCUAUCGAACGCCAUCACAGCCACCGCUACUUCGCCCGCACUGCCGCCUAUCGCCCGGACCUACCGGCCGCCCGUUUUCCCGCGACCCCUGCCCCAACUUCCGGGAACAGAGGCCGCGGCAAAGAGGACCGCCACGCCACCGGAGCGGCCCCCGCCGCAACUCCGCACGAAGAUCAGCCCGCCCGUUGCACUCUCCAUGCCCUCACUGGACAUGGAGACAACGCCGCCGAGCACGUUCUCGUUCGCACCCACCAACCCCUUCUCGCCGCCCUCCAUGUCCAGGCCGGACACGGAGACAACACCGCCGCGAUCAUACGCGGCGGUGUUGAAUACAAACCCGGAUUCGCCGCCGCAUGCGCCUCCGCGCCCGUCCCUCCGGACGGCGCCUACACCAUCGCCGAAGCCCGCGAAAUCCCAGCCGCCGCUCGCCCCCGCGAGCAAGAAGAUCCCGCCUAUCGUGGUCGACCGGCUGCCCGACUGGCCUCACCACGUCCCAUCAACCUCGAGCAUGAUAGGUCACGCCUGGUCCAAUUUAACGAUCCGCCCAACCAUAUUACAUUAA